AAAACUACCUCGCCGGGAGCUCCAGGAGUGACAGCGGCGAGUCCUGGCUUCCCCGGCGGGCGGGCGGGCGGCCCGGGUGAAGGCACCUCUAGUUCAAGCCCCUUCAUACGCCCCGUCCCCUCCUCACGGCUCACUUUAGCCAAGUUUUCCCCUCCACCUUCACCUUCAGCUGGCUAAGGCCACCACUCUCUCCCUGGGCGAGAGAGGGCUGCCCACUUCGCGUCUUACCAGCGCGGACCGCUGGAAACCCCGAGAGGUCUUCUUCCUCUUCUUCUUCUUUUCAGUCCUGUUUCGGGAGAGGGGGUGUGGCGGGGAAGGAUGCGAAACUCCGUUCCUCUGCUCUGCCUCUGGAGCGUCCAUUGUUGCUUUGCGGCGGGAAGCCCCACACCCCCCGGUCCGGAGGGACGGCUGCAAGCGAGACUUGGCCUCACCGGCCCUGAACUCCUGUGGCAGCAAAAACUGAUCAGAACUGACACGAGGCUAUCGAUAGACUUGAUUUCUGCCCUUGAGCAUGAGCUCCGUACGCCCAGGAAUGUACAGAUUGUUGCCAAACCUCUUGUGAGAUUUAACCUCCGCACCUCUGGGGACUCAGAACACGAAGGAUGCUACCUCUCCCUCGGCCACAACCAGCCCUUGGAAGACUGUGGCUUCAACAUGACAGCCAAAACCUUUUUCAUCAUUCAUGGAUGGACGAUGAGUGGCAUGUUUGAAAAUUGGCUAUACAAGCUUGUGUCCGCCCUGCAGAUGAGAGAGAAAGAAGCCAAUGUUGUGGUGGUUGACUGGCUUCCCCUGGCCCACCAGCUCUACACAGACGCGGUCAAUAACACGAGGGUGGUGGGACACAGUGUUGCAAGGAUGCUCGAUUGGCUGCAGGAGAAGGAUGAUUUUUCUCUUGGGAAUGUUCACUUGAUCGGCUACAGCCUCGGAGCCCACGUGGCAGGGUAUGCUGGCAACUUCGUGAAAGGCACGGUGGGCAGAAUCACAGGUUUGGAUCCUGCCGGGCCGCUGUUUGAAGGGGUGGACAUCCACAGGAGGCUGUCCCCCGACGACGCGGACUUUGUGGAUGUCCUCCACACCUACACGCGUUCCUUCGGCUUGAGCAUCGGAAUUCAGAUGCCCGUGGGCCACAUCGACAUCUACCCCAACGGGGGUGAUUUCCAGCCGGGCUGUGGACUCCAUGAUGUCUUGGGGUCAAUUGCGUACGGAACAAUCACGGAAGUGGUGAAAUGUGAGCACGAGCGGGCCGUACACCUCUUUGUUGACUCCCUGGUGAAUCAGGACAAGCCGAGUUUUGCGUUCCAGUGCACGGACUCAAAUCGCUUCAAAAAGGGGAUCUGUCUCAGCUGCCGCAAGAACCGUUGUAACAGCAUUGGUUACAAUGCCAAGAAAACCAGGAGUAAGAGGAACAGCAAAAUGUACCUCAAGACCCGGGCAGGCAUGCCCUUCAGAGUUUACCAUUAUCAGAUGAAAAUCCACAUCUUCAGCUACAAGAAUAUGGGAGACAUCGAACCCAACUUUUACGUCACCCUUUAUGGCACCAACGCAGACUCCCAGAUCCUGCCUUUGGAAAUAGUGGAGCAGAUCGGGCUGAAUGCCACCAACACCUUCCUGGUCUACACCGAGGAGGACCUUGGAGACCUCUUGAAGAUCAAACUCACCUGGGAGGGGGCAGCUCAGUCCUGGUACAACCUGUGGAAGGAGCUUCGCAGCUACCUGUCCCAGCCCCGCAGCUCUGAGCGGCAGCUGAACAUCAGGCGCAUCCGGGUCAAGUCUGGGGAGACCCAGCGGAGGUUGACCUUUUGUGUGGAAGACCUUGACGACACCAGCAUAUCCCCCGGCCAAGAGCUCUGGUUUCACAAGUGUCGGGAUGGCUGGAGAAUGAAAAAUGAAACCAGCCCAACUGUGGAGCUUUCCUGAGGGGCCAGUGAGGCCCACUCACACCCGCCUUCCAGACACAUGGAGGAAAGUUACUGCUGAGGACCCACCUGAUGGAAGGACCCCUCUUGGCCUUGAUCCUCAGGCACUGGCAAGAGACUGUUUGCUGGGCCCAGGACCUUACCUCCUAUGACUGUUGGGACUUCUCGCCGGAGGGGACCAUACGCUGCUGUUCCUGCUGUUCCUGCUGCUCUAGAAUUGCUCUAACUCCAGACCUGUGUGCGAAGGGUCGGACGCCCGGGCCUCCUGCGCACACUGCACUGGUUUCUGGGUGACUGGAUGAGCCUGUGCUUCGCCUGACAGGGGACACUUGUGAAAGCGCAUGGAGGACUGUCAGCUGCCUGAUCUGAAUGGUGGGGAGAGGUCUUUCCACUGGGAGCUGACUCGUGUCACGAUGGCAGACCCAUGAUCUCAUUUGCCCAGAGGGAGGGGAGUAUAGAUGUGGGGUGGUGGCGAGGCCCUCACUGUUGGGGUUCGGUGGGCUGCAUUGAUCAAUAAUCGUUACAUUGCAGGCAUUCCGUCCUGCUCCCCAGCUUACUCUCUAAAGCACACAUCAUUGGGUGUCUUGGUUUUCCAGUUGCUUAUUGUUUGAUUGGACAGAUGUUUAUUAAGCACUUAAACUUGAUUAGCACAAGGCAGUAGACGCAUUAGUAAACCUUUCCAAACUUGGAAUCUAAUGGAGUUGGGAUUUCUAGUCUCCCUCCCAGUUUAGAUGAUCCAUGAAUAUCCAUGGGAUGAAGGGCACAAUGGACACCGGGAGGGCUACAGGGUGUAAGCCUCGGGGAUCCGAGGCUUGAAGUGGUUUCAGCUAUUUCUUGUUACUUAACGUGCACACUCCCUGUAAGAGUGACAUGUUUGAUCACUUGCAUGGAAACGAGCAGAGUGCCACACGUGCUGGGGAUGGAACCGUGGCCCAUCUCCAAAUGCGAUUGCUUCAGAGCAAAAUCUCUUCUGCUUGGGGACGUAGAAGGCAUCAUAUAUCUGUUAUACGUAUCUGUUCAUACAGAAACCAGCACCUGUCAAACAGAGCUGGCGCUAAGAUUCAAUAGAAUGCCUUUUCCUCCGUGGAAUAUCUUGCUCUAAUAGCAGCUCCUUCUCUGUGUUGAACUUAGAAAAGCCUCCAAUUGUAGCUCUUGACAUAAAUGAAUAUAUGCGAUAUCUGAGAAACUGGUUUAUACUUUUCAAAAGAUUUGCAUGUGCAUCACUUCGCUGGAGACUCACAAGAGGAGCGCAAGGCAGCUAAUGUCUGUUUUACAACACGAAGGCUUAAUGAGGUUCAGCCACAUGCCUAGAUUUAUAUCCCAGGUCGGUGGUGGAGCCCGGUGAGGACCCAGAUUUCCUGGAGGCAAAGCCCGUGGUGUGUUCAUUUCUGCAACUUCCUCAAGAUGUCUACAGCCUUUUGACCCCAACAGGCCUCAGAGGUGACAUGCAAGGAGCUGGUUUUUGGAGGCAUCCAUUAAACCAUAAACCCUUAUAUUAGUAUAUAGCCAGGGGAAUAAGAGGUUGGGCCUUUUAUGGACGAGAUUUAUUUGGAAGGAGGUGUGAUGUCAAAUUGGGGAGAAGAGUGAUUUUUCUUUGCACUUCGGUUUUUCGAAAGAUGUUGUUUUAACCUGUGUUGUGCCAAAGUUGUGUAAUUGUUCAAUGCCAGACUUUUGAAGACGUAACCAGUCAAGUCUUAGUUCAAGGUGUUUUCUUAAAUUGUGUGCUUCUUCUGUUGCUUCUGUGAAUGCUUUCUAGCCAAAGUGGAGCUUCUGUUAUUGGCCAUGCCUCCUGAUUACUUCUGCCUUCUGUUUUUAGGAAUGGAAGCGUCGGGAAUCAAAUCCUCAGUGGGUCCUGUAUUUAUACAUUUGGCUUGAAGCCUUAGUUGUAUAUAAUGAUGCUUUUUUUUUUUUUUUAACACUUAGAGUACUAUUUAUUUCUCCAGUGUAUAUAAUGUAUAAAAACAGAUAUAUGGUUAGUUUUUAUUUUAAAAUUAACCAAUUUCAAGAUGAAAAAUUUUUAAUAGGAAAAUAAUAAAAAUCUAUAUAACUCUU